UAUUCGGCCAUGAAAAAAUUGCGAGUUUGUGUUUGAAAGUAAACAAUAAAAAUGUCUGGAAACGUGGGCAUGGAGCAGCUUAUUCCAAUUGUGAAUAAGCUGCAAGAUGCCUUCGCCUCUUUAGGAGUUCCUAUUUCAUUAGAUCUUCCUCAAAUAGCUGUCGUCGGAUCUCAAAGCGCAGGGAAAAGUUCGGUGUUGGAAAAUUUCGUUGGAAAAGACUUUCUGCCAAGAGGUAGCGGCAUUGUGACCAGACGACCGCUGGUCUUGCAGCUUAUCAAUGCCAACACUGAGCAUGCGGAGUUUCUCCAUCAGAAGGGGAAGAAGUAUGUGGACUUUGAACAGGUCCGUAAAGAAAUCGAGGCGGAGACUGACCGUGUUACAGGCGGAAACAAAGGCAUCUCCAACAUUCCUAUCAACCUGCGCGUGUACUCACCAAAUGUGUUGAACCUGACCCUUAUUGACUUGCCCGGGAUGACCAAGGUCCCUGUGGGGGACCAGCCUAUUGAUAUAGAACAGCAGAUCAGGGGCAUGUUAAUGGAGUUUAUUGUGAAGGACAGUUGUCUGAUCCUGGCCGUCAGCCCUGCGAACACAGAUCUUGCCAACUCUGAUGCGUUGAAGAUUGCCAAGGAGGUUGACCCUGGGGGUCUGCGUACAAUCGGUGUUAUCACCAAACUUGACUUGAUGGACGAUGGAACAGACGCACGAGACAUCUUAGAAAAUAGGCUACUGCCCCUCCGCAGAGGCUACAUUGGAGUGGUGAAUCGAAGCCAGAAGGACAUUGCUGGACAGAAGGAUAUUCGUGCCGCCCUUGCAGCUGAGAGGAAGUAUUUCCUCAGUCAUCCGUCGUACAGACACAUGCCAGACAGAAUGGGCACCCCGUAUCUUCAGAGAGUGCUGAACCAGCAACUGACCAAUCACAUUAGAGAUACACUCCCUAACUUGAGAAAUCGUCUGCAGACACAGUUAAUUGACCUGGAAAAAGAUGUGGAGGAGUUUAAAAACUUCCGGCCAGAUGAUCCUGCCAGAAAAACCAAGUCCAUGAUGCAAAUGGUUCAGCAGUUUGGGACAGACUUUGAAAAGAACAUUGAGGGUUCUGGGGCUCAAAUCAACAUGAAGGAGCUGUCAGGGGGCGCCAAGAUCAACCGCAUCUUUUACGAGAGGUUUCCGUUUGAGCUUGUCAAGAUGGAAUUUGAUGAAAAAGAGCUUCGUCGAGAAAUCAGCUACGCCAUUAAAAACAUUCGCGGUAUCCGAACGGGCCUGUUCACUCCAGAUAUGGCUUUUGAAGCCAUUGUUAAAAAACAGAUAGAGAAACUUCGAGGGCCCUCGUUGAAAUGUUGCGAUAUGGUGGUCACCGAGUUAACAAAUGUGAUAAGAAAAUGUACAGAAAAGAUGAACAGAUACCCACGCCUACGUGAAGAGACUGAGAGAAUUGUGAACUCAUCCACUCGUGAGCGCGAGGCUAAAUGUAAAGAUCAGCUUAUGUUGCUAGUCGACAUACAGCUGGCUUAUAUGAAUACAAACCAUGAGGACUUUAUCGGAUUUGCAAAUGCUCAGCAAAAGUCUGACCCAAGUACAACCAAACGGAAAGUGGGAAACCAGGUAAUCCGUAAAGGCUGGCUCACUCUUCAUAACAUCAGCUUCAUGAAGGGCGGAUCGAAGGAGUUCUGGUUCGUCCUCACCGCUGAGAGUCUGGCCUGGUAUAAGGACGAAGAGGAAAAGGAGAAGCGAUUUAUGUUGCCACUGGAUGCAUUACGUCUCAAUGAUGUUGAAAAUAGCGGGCUUUUUUCAAGAAAAUAUGCAUUUUGUUUAUUUAAUCCCGAGCAGCGAAAUGUUUACAAGGACUACAAACAGCUGGAGCUGUCAGCUGAGAGCCAAGAGGAGGUUGACAGCUGGAAAGCCUCAUUCCUGAGGGCAGGAGUCUACCCAGAUAGAUCUCAGGAUAGCUCAGAAGAUAGGGGGAAAGAUGACCUUGGAUCCAUGGAUCCGCAGCUGGAGCGCCAGGUGGAAACGAUCAGAAACCUUGUGGACUCAUACUCAAAAAUUGUUGGCAAGACUCAGCGAGAUCUUGUGCCCAAGACUAUUAUGCACAUCGUUGUCAAUUAUGUUAAAGAAUUCAUCGGAGCUGAAUUGUUAGCCCACCUGUACUCAAGUGUUGAUCAAAGCACCAUGAUGGAGGAAUCGGCCGAGGAAACCAUGAGGCGUGAGGAACUCCUCCGCAUGUAUCACACUACCAAGGAGGCCCUGCAAAUCAUCGGUGACGUCUCCCUAUCGACCGUAUCCACACCGGUUCCCCCUCCAGUGGAUAAUGAGUGGCUUGAGCCCAGCACACAGUCAAAUGGUAGCAGUGGAGGGUAUGCCGGUCGCCCAUCAUCGCCCAAGCCAGGUCGGGCCCCACCACCACCCCUCCCUAACAGACCAGGGGGUGCAGGCCCCUUUCAGCAGCCCCUCCAGCCCUCCAUACCUAACCGCCCUGCCCCGGGCCUUCCCUCCCGCCCUGCGCCUGGAGCGCCCGCACCUGCCAUACCAUCGACGAUGAACACUGCAUUGAAAUAUAGUUCAGUUUCAAGGCGCGGUGGCCCGCCCGCACCAGGUGGAAAUGCUCCGAGAAUUCCUGAUAGGCCGUCUAUACCCGCACGACCAAACUAAUCUAUUUAUAGUAGAACGUAGAGAGACUUCACUUGAUAUUGAAUGUUAUUGUGUUUGUGUGUUCUGAUUUGCUAGGAGUAAUUUAUUUAUCAUUAUAUAUUUUGUAAAGGACACAAUUGGUAUAGUAUACUACAGAAAAUAUGGCAAGAAUUGUUUAAAUUAAUAUACAUGUAAACUGUCUAUUGCAAUUUCUUGUACUCAUGGAAAGUGACUAGCCGGGAGUUCAGUUAACGCUAACAGUUAACUAACGAUAGCUAACAUGUGCAAGAUUGUUCCCCGCUUGCAGCAUAUGAGCUACAAUAUAACAGGGACACCAAACAGAUCUUAUUGUUAAAGUGAGUUACUGUUAGCCUGAACUGAAUGCAAUGUAUGUGUGAAAUAAAAGUGGUUACAUUAUGAUAAAAAUUGCAAUGAUAGCAUUAGUUCGAGACAUAUUUGACUCAUGAAAAACCCAAGUCAUAAGGUUUCAUAUAAAAAUUAUAAAAUGUGAGAAGUAAUGACACUGACUCAAUUGUUAGAAUUCCUUCAUUGUUUUUCAUUAGUGUACAAAAUGAAUAUAUGUUCAUAAGUAGGUAAUAGGCCAUUGUUGUGUUAUGAAUUGUGAUAGUAUUUGACUUUUAAUUGGUAUUUUUGAAUGCUGUAGAAUGGUACUUUUAUAUGAUUGAAUGAAUGAAUACAUAUUGUAUUUAAUAUUCAUGAUGUUUCAAAGAUGUUUUAUACCUCGCAAGCUAUUACAACUUUCUUUAAAAAAAUUUAAUGACAAUCCCCUGUGUUUAGCUAAUGAAAAUUGUCCAUCAUAGCAGUUGAUUUAAUACCUCCAUACACGUAGCUUUCAUUCAAAUAAAGAUCCCGAGAAGGGGAGCAUUCCUUGGCCUUGUCAUGCGUCAGUUACUCAUCAUAGCCACAUUAGCAACCACAGGGAUGUUAAAAAUCAGGAUUAAUCCUAAAAGGAAGAAUGAGAGCUAUCAAUUGUAGACUAGUGUACAUUUGUUAAGUUUGUUUUAUGUUUGACUUUUACAUUACAAAAAGAAGUACUUUGUAAUGGAUAUAAAUGGCAUUGGAGACAAUUUUGAAAGGCGUCUGACACUACCUUUGGUCUGAAUCCAUCUUUCUUAACUUAAAGUAGGAUUUUUUUCAUUGAGACUUUCAAUCUGAUAUCAUCCUUGAUAUCAAUUACUUGCUGUUUUGAUGUUAUCUAAUAUUUAAGAUUUUAAGUUGAUAUUAAAGAUAUUUCGCAGGCAGCAGGGAUCCAAUGUCCUCUUACUCUGCUGCCAUGUACAAUUAUCCACUGUGGUAAUCAAUUUUUAUUGAUGAGUUUUAUGUAUAAACAAACGCUGCAAUAAUAGCAGAAUUAGUCAAUAUUGAAGUCCAUUGAAAUCGACCUUCUUUCUAAACAAACUUUCUGUUUUGAUGAAAGGUAUUUGCAAUAAGGGAUCAAGGUAAUGAGAAGCUAUCAAGAGAUUUAAUUCAACCUUUUGUUUAGGUUUCAUUUUCAAAUAUAAAUAAAUGAUUUCUCUGACCCUUAAAGAUGCAUUCUUACUCCCAAAUAAGAUGUACCACAAUUAAUACAAUUGUUUUAAUUUACCGAAAAGGAUAAAAAAAAUAUCGAAAACAAUGGUUCUUAUGAAGGAUAUAGUGUUUGAUAUGAAUGAAAGGUGCCGAAAACACGGUAUUUCUACCUUACUAGACAACAGUUGAUCACUGUAAAUAUUUCAGGACCCACCAGUCAUUUAAUAUUUGUGCGUUUUUCAGCUAUUAAAAUACACGGUUACAAUCUCGUAGCAUUAAUUAGUAUUUUUCAUCAACGCAUUAUUUAGUAAUUAGUUGAAGGUUAAUCACUCAAAAUGUAUGUUUGUUAUACAUGUGACUGUAUGUAUUGACUUUAAACAGUCACUUUAAGUUGCAUCUGGAUUAUUCUACUGUGUGUUUUUAUUCAUUGACAAGCUAUACAUUUCAUUUAUCCCUUGAAAUGGUUGAAAAUGAGGACCAGCAUCAUGUAAUUGUAAAAGAGUAGCUGAUGAAUUGAAUGUUGCACACAUAGGACCGAUUGUUCAGAACUUUGUCAAAGUUUACAACGUUGUUAAAGCUGCACUCUCACAGAUUUACCAUUUUUACAACUUUUUUAUUUUUUGUCUUGGAAAGAGCAAAUUUUUGCGUUAAUGUCUGCAAACCAAUGAUAUAAGAUUGCUGACAAAAAAUUAGAUCGUAGAUUUUUAUAUUUCCGUUUAAAAAUUAAUGUUUUAUGUCCUAAACCGUUACUAACGGUGUAAGAAAAAUGCAUAAAACAUCAAUUUUUGAACUUAAAUAUAAAAAUCUGCGAUCUAGUUUUUUGUCAGCAAUCUUAUUUAACUGGUUUCCAUGGAUUUUCGCAAAAAUUGGCUUAUUCUAAGACAACAACAAAAAAGUUGUCAAAACGUUCAAUCUGUGAGAGUGCAGCUUUAAAGCCAUAGUUGUCCACUUUGAAAUCUAUUCUGCUCUGAAAGUUUAAUGGAUACACUUGUGAUCAGCAGUAUUUCUAACAAGAUUUGAGACAAUUAUUUCAGCUGAAGUUGCUGUAUUUAGAUAUAUGAGCACAUCUUCAAAUAACUCGUGUUUAAAGUUGAAAACAAAUUCUUACGUAAUAUUUUCAUAUUGUUAUCUUUGACAAAGUUCUGAACAAUGGCCCCAAUAUGUUACAGUAGUUUAUAUUUUGAACAUGCAAUUUAUAAUGUUAACAUGUAUUUACUGGGGAAUUUUACCUCAGUGAAUGUUGCAUAUACUGGUGUUGUUAAAUAUUUAAAAUUUGAUAGAAAUAACAUGUAGUGUUAUGAAAAAUGUCAUUCAGAACUGUUUUAGUUAAAAAUGUGAUGUACAAAUUCGUUCUGUAGGUUAAAACGUUAAAUAGUUGGUGUGCUCAUAAUGUAUUUAAAUAAAAGUACAGCUGACACAGCUAUCUCAAGGAUAGAAUUAAAUACCGCAGAUUACAAGUGCAUCUGUUUACUUCCAAAGCAGUAAAUAUUUGAAAGUUAACAAAAAUGGCGUUAACAAUGUUGUUAACCUAAACAAAAUUGUUAACACUGACAGGAACAUGCCAUAUAACUCGCAACAAAUGGCGCUUCGAUUAAUUAUUGUAACAUAGCACGUACAUGUCACGUUUUUUUAUUCUUGUAUGUUAUCUAAUUGUGAUAUGUUGAUGGAGCUCUUUAUAGAUCAACUUUUCUUUAACCUUCGUAAUCAUUUUAUAAGUAUGUUGCCUUGUUUUGAUAUCCACAAGUUAAUUUGAAACACUGGGUGGAUUUACAUUUCGUAUAAUGGACAAGUUGUUUUAAAUCAAUUCACCAGCAGGCAAUUGUAUAAAACUGGUUGUUUUUUUGGUUUGGUCAAAGAUAACCAAUAUGUUGAUUGAUUGGUCAAUAUUUAACCAAUACGUUGAUUGAUUGGUCAAUAUUUAACCAAUACGUUGAUUGAUUGGUCAAUAUUUAACCAAUACGUUGAUUGAUUGGUCAAUAUUUAUUCAAUAAUAAAUACUACUACCCAAUCUUAUCAUUAAAAUUUUGACAAAAAAUAACCCACGGAAAUUAUCAAAGUUCUGUGCGAUUGGCUGCUGUUCUUUCUGGUGGAAUGAUUGCAUUAUUAUCAGAUGGAAAUUCAAGAACAAAACUUGAAUGUUUAGCUCUAGUAAACAUUUAUGCAAAGUGUGUAGUUUGUUAACUAUAAUAGUUUGGGUCAUUUUUUAUUGUAAACAGAUCAAACGUAAGUAGAAUCUGGGCCGAUUUUUUAGAACGUUAACACAGUUGUUAACGUCAUCUUAGUUGUGUUCUGGAAGUUUCAUGGAUAAACUUAUGAUCUGCAAUUCUUCGUACUUAUUAAGAGACAACUAUUCCAGCAGUGCUUGUUUUUGUUUUUUUUAAUACAUAAUCGCAUCAUAAAAUAGUUCACAAUUAAAAGUUACCAACGAUGCCAUUAACAUCGUUGUUAUAUUUUACAAAGUUUUAAACAAUCAGCCUCUGUGUUAUUGUUAUUGACCAGAUUGUUCAGGAAAAAAAAUAAGUUAAGAACAUGAUCAACGGCAUUGAUGUUAACUUUUAAACGUGAAAUAGUUUACGAUGUGCUGAUUUAUUAAAAACAACCAAGAACCGGUCAACAGUUUUCUCAAAUAUUGUUAUGAACACCGCAGAUCAUAUGCGUGUCCAUGAAACUUCCAGCGAAAUACAGAUUUAAAAGCUAACAAUGAUGACGUUAAAAACGUUGUUUGCAUUCGGCCGUGUGUGUUAUUGAUAUUGUGUCGGUAAAGCAGAUCACAUAUUUGAUAUAUUUAUUGUAUAUUCACAUGUAUACUGUGGUAUGUUAGUUCUUAUAAAAAGGCAUUAUUCCAAGUUCAUCACAUCAGUAAAUUUAGUAAUCUUAGAUUUGAUAAACGUUGGUUCCCAUAUAACGAUUACUAAGAUAUUUAGAGGGCAACUGCUUAUUCUAAGACCUUAUUUCAGAAAUAACCAUAUGAGGUAAAGGUAUAUGAAAAACAUCGUUUAUAUUUUUUACUGACAAACUUUUCUUUUUCCAAAUCCUAAUGUUGAUAUUGAAAAUGCAUUAUGAACCAUAUUUCAUUACAUUGAAAUGGUAUUUGUGCAAUAUGGAUGUUAUUGGUGACAUGUUCAAAUCUUAAUUCGUGUGCUUUUGCCAAAAUAUAAACAUUUAAAUGUAGCUUUUAGAAGCUUUAUGAUAGCUCAGAUGCAUGUCAUUUGCCAUCUGACUAAACAAGCUAUGUUUCUCAGCUGACUAAAAUACAUUAACAUAACUAGCAAUGGUUAAAAUGAUUUAAAACUCUAAUAAUUUGAAUUGUUAGAACGGUUCAAAUUAUGAGUCCACGUACUUCUUAAAAGAAAUCUUAGUUACCAGUAAACACACAAGUUUGCUAGACGUUAAUAAGGAAGGCAUCCGGGAUAAUCCAAAUCACGUGGCUAGCCCAGAAUUGUUCUUUUCUCGUCAGCCUUAACACUCGUAAACACUCAUAUACUGGUUUGAAAAUGUUGCAAUUCAUGGUAAAUCAAUUGUGUAAUCUGAAGGUUUUCAUAAAAAAAAUCUCAAGAAACCAACUGGUAACACAUCAUAAUAUUUAUUCAGUAUGAUACGAUGUAAUGGUUUCUUACUUUAGAUCACUGCUACGGUAUAUCUUUUCGCCGAAACCGUUAUCACUUGGAUAUUGCGUCGAAAUCGCUACAAGGACUAUCCAUGUUUUAUUUAUUCAUGGAAAUUGGUAUCUGAACUAUCCAGGAGAGGCGGUUUCCGCGAAAGUGAUUAUUCUUGUCAAAUACUGUACAUCCAUUUAGAAUAUGUACCAUUAUUAAACACAUGUCUGUUAUAGUGAUCAUAGACUUAUAAUAGCUAUUUAACAUAACGGGUCACUUUAUUGUCUUCUUCGUUUCUCAUACAGACUUCAUUAUGCAGAAGACACUAUUUCUAUUGCAAGGGCCCAGCGCAAGACCUUUUUCACUCUUAGAUUUAUAUGGAGUUAGGACCGUCUUGUUCUUAGUCAUCAAUUUGGCAAAACCCUGCUUUUGAACAACAGCUACAACAAACUUUUUAUUAAAAUACUGCAAAAAAUGCUCUGCAGCCAAUUGAAUAAUGUUCAAGUUCUUUGGUAUGGUUAAAGUAAGCAAAACUGUUUAUUGCUUGGUCAACAUUAAUUUAUUAAUAAAUUUUCACCAAUCAAAUUACUUUUAUAUGCAACCUAGCCACAAGAUAAACUGUUGAAAAAGUUUCCAAAUUUAUCCUAUUGGCUGUUAAUGUCUAGCAAAAAUUCUGCGGUUAAUUUACAUAAUGUCUGUGUUUCUUAAGAAUAAAGAUCAAAAUAAGUUCUUGAACCGCAUAAGACAACUUGUGCAUAAUGUAGUCUGCAAGAAUUUUAAAUGUAUACAGUGUAAAAUAGACACAUUUUGUUACUACAUUGUAUGUCAGUAAAUAUGUCAUUAUAAAGAUAACGAAAAUG